AUGUUCCAGUUGCCGGGUGCAAAGCGGGUGCGCCGCGACGAGCUGCACUCGCCCACGUCGUCCCCACGCUCGUCUCCAGAUCCCGACCUCGAAGAGCUUCUGCGGUCCAAGGCACUGACCGAGUUUGCCUACACCACCACCGCCGCCGACGAUGUUGCUGCUGGAGAUGCUGCCGCCCAUAGCGACGAGGAGGAGACGGAGCUGCGGCUCUUUGCUGCGCCCUCGAAUGCGCCCUCGCAGACGCACAAGAUUCGCCUUUCAUCGCCCGCUGCCGACGGCGGAGAGCCCGCCAUUCUCGUGAAGAAGCCCCAAAGUUACUAUUUUGCCGACGAGCCGACGAGCGAAGAGGAGGCUGCAUUCCAGGCGGCUGCCAUUGACGGGAAAGGCGUCCUGGAGCUGGCCAAGCUGCCCUGGCCGGGUUGUGCGCUGCCGUGGAAGGUGCGCACCAUCUCACCGGCUGGCAUGAAAAGGGAAGUCCUGGUCGGCCACCCUCCUAUGCUGGCAACGGUCGAGGAAAAGGCACACAAGCGGACGAGAAGGAGCAAAAAGUCGCGUAUCGCCGUGAGGCAGAAGCUGCAGGCGGCCAAGGAGAAGGAGAGCGAACAGGCGCGGCUUGCGCAAGAGAAGGAAGAGGCUGAGCGCGAGAAAAAGACACGCAGGAACCGGGAGAAGAAGCUGAAGAAGAAGGCAAAGGAGCAGGCCAAGAAGGCGGCGGAUGGGGGCAGCGAGACGGUUGCUGGAGGUGCAGAGGCCAAUCCAGCUGACGGCCCUAUUUGA